UUCGACCGACGGCAGGGCAAUUCUCACGAUGCGUUCCCAGACAGUAACGCUACUUGGAGUGAUUACGUUGCUCGGCUACAGUGCGAUCGCUGCAGUGAUCCAAACCGAGGAAGAGCUGUACCAAAAGCAAUUUCCGGACCUGGGUCCACCAUGUGAGGGAGAGGCCGCGUGCACCCGGGUGGAAUUUUGCCUGAAUGCCAGUAGCUCAGGCCAGAAUGUUGUCAAUAUUAGUUCCAGCGUAGAUAAUCCAUGUGGUCACUAUCUUUUCAAGUGUUGCAUUCCGACCGACAAGAUCGAAGAGCCAGACCCUAGUGAUCUUUUCAAUGUUGCUGAUGGUGGUGAUGGUGCUGAGAGUACCACAGUUUCAUCUGUAGCGACCACAGCCUCGGUAACACCCUCGGUAACACCCUCGAAACCACCCUCGAAGCCACUCUCGUCACUUAUACCUCAGUCUACUGGGUGCGGUUUGCGCAACGUGGAAGGGAUCAACUUCCGGAUUGUUGGUGGCACGGAUAACGAAACCCAGUACGGUGAAUACCCGUGGAUGAUGGCCAUCUUGAAGAAGGCCGAUGUGUUGGGAAUGCCGAAUCGCGCCGUGUACGUGUGUGGCGGCUCGCUGAUCCACUACCAGGUCGUCCUGACUGCGGCGCACUGCUUACACCGAAUCCAGCGAACCGAUUUAGUGGUACGUGCUGGUGAGUGGGACACGCGGACAGCGGAGGAAAUGUACCAGACCCAGGACCGCGCGGUGGCGGAGAUUGUCGUUCAUCCGGAGUACUACAAGGGAGGACAGCAAAACGAUGUGGCACUCCUGUUCCUCGGCUCGCCAUUUCGACCAAAGAAAACCAUCCACCCGGUAUGCCUUCCGCCACAGGAUACUAAAUUCGAUGGACAGACGUGCUUCGCAACCGGUUGGGGUAAGGAUCGGUAUGGUAAGGAAGGUACACACCAAACCAUACUGCGACAUAUUGAUCUACCGAUCGUGCCUCAUGACAAGUGUCAGACGGCGCUCCGUACUACUGACCUCGAUGAGGAUUUUACGCUCGACAAAAGCUUCAUCUGUGCCGGUGGUGAAGAGGGCAAGGAUACGUGCAAGGGUGAUGGUGGAUCGCCACUCGUCUGCUCGAUUCCUAGCAAACAGCAGCUGUACUACCAGACCGGAAUCGUCUCGUGGGGCAUUGGGUGCGGUGAGGAGGGAAUUCCGGGUGUCUACACCAACGUGGCACUGUUCCGCAGUUGGAUCGAUCAGCAGAUGGUCCAGCGAAAUUAUGAUACCAGCAGCUACAGACCCUAGGGAAUUACGAUGGUCGUUGAGUUUCGAUGAUUUGUCAAAUUGAAAUUUUCGAAUCGAAAAUCAAUAAAAAU